CCUUGAAAAGCCGCACGCGCAGCCUCCGAGCGCAGCGUCGGCGCAGCUCGCCUCUGUGACGGCCGCGGCUCCUCCACGCAGCCAUGCUCAGCCUCAUCCGCUUCCCACGCGUCUUCACCAUCAAACAAGUGCCCAAAGUGUUCCAUGAGGAGAGCAUCAUCUCCGGGUACCGACACCCCCGCAGCUCCGCCACCGACUGCGUCCUCAGCCUCUUCCAGCUCACCAAUGAGACGCUCAACAUCUGGACCCACUUCGUUCCCACUUGGUACUUCCUGUGGAAGCUGGGCUCGGUGGCGCUGACCCAGCGCGCGUGGCAGGACGCCUUCACGUGGCCUCUGCUGCUGCUGCUGCUGUCCUGCUGCGUGUACCCGCUGGCCUCCAGCUGUGCCCACACCUUCAGCAGCAUGUCCAUGCGCGCGCGCCACAUCUGCUUCUUCUUCGACUACGGCGCCCUCAGCUUCUACAGCCUGGGCUCGGCCGUCACCUACUCGGCCUACGUCUUCCCGGACCGGUGGGUGAGCGGCGCGUUCCACCGCUGCUACGUCCCCAUCGCCGUGCUCAACACUGUGAUCUGCACCGGCCUCGCCUGCUACUCCAGGCUCGGUUUACCCUUUGUGCACUACAACUACGACACCAUGAAGAGAUUCCCCGAGUGCAAUGGUCCGAGGUUCAGCAAGCUCCUCCGUGUGCUGGCCUUCGCCUACCCGUACCUGUUUGACAACAUUCCUCUGUUCUACAGGGUGUUCCUGUGUGUGGGAGACGGCUGCACUGACAACGACACCAACGUCCUCCACUACAACCACAUCGCCCUGGCUUUCCUCACAGGCUUCCUGUUUGCCACACAUCUGCCCGAACGCCUGGCACCGGGCAGCUUCGACUACAUAGGUCACAGCCAUCAGCUCUUCCACGUCUGCGCCAUCCUCGGCACCUACAUGCAGAUACAGGCCGUGGAACAGGACAUGGAGGCGCGCCAGCUCUGGCUCCGGGACCACUCCAUUCCCAUCACGUUUGCCAACUCGGUGGCUGUGGGGCUGCUGUGUGUGGUGCUGAGCUUGGCCAUCAUCGGCGUCUACACUCUACCUCUCUUCUCAAGGAACGAAGAAAAGCAACGAGCUAAAAGCCACCGUGAAACCUCAGCACCUUGGUGACCAGUAUCAUGAGUCCCAGCUGAAGGAUCCCAGCUGCUCAAAGACGUGAGAGUAGUGCAAUAUGACAGAUGUAUAAGGAGUGUGAGCUGUGCGGAGGUGAAGGACUAUUUAACCAUAGUCAGUUCAGUGGCUUUGGGUGUGAGAAAAGUAAAAAUAAGGGCAGCAAUUGCACAAACUCAAUUUGUUUGUUACCAUAUGUUAUGAAUCUGAAUGUUUCUGAGCUACAAAUGAAGCAGACUAGUGGAUGUACUUCAUCUGGAUUUAUUUGGCUUCUCUGAUUUUCACAAACGUGGACGUAUGAAGAGGAAAUGAGCUGCAGGUAACAAAAAUCAAGUAUGAGUCGCCUUUUUUGACUUUGCCCAGUUUCAAACUGCUGCACUGUAUUUUGACAGUGACUGGGAUUAUUAAUGAGGUACUGUGUGUAAUGUGUAGUCGAUGGCACCCGUUUCUGUCCCAGGACACACUGUCACACUUACUGAAAGUAUUUAAGCCCAAUGUUAUUUAUACAAUUUCUAAUAAACCAAUUCUGACUGUGUCAGUAAUUAUA